AUGGCUGCCCAGGGGGAGGCCUCAGAGGAGAGGAUUUCCGAGUGUGACUAUGAUCUUCUCCCUGAGCUCUCUGUUCUUGGAGUCGAUGCAGUUCAGCUGGCAAAGCAGGAGGAAGAAGAAGCACAUAAAGAAAGAAUGAGAAUGCAGAAAGGCUUUAACGCACAGAUGCGCAGCGAAGCAAAGCGAUUAAAGACUUUUGUCACCUAUGACUCCUACAGCUCGUGGACGCCACAGGAGAUGGUGGCUGCUGGGUUUUACUUCACCGGGGUGAAAUCUGGGGUUCAGUGUUUCUGCUGUAGCUUAAUCCUCUUUCGUACCAGCCUCAGGAGACUUCCCAUAGAAAGCCACAAGAAAUUUCGUCCAGAGUGCGAGUUCCUUUUGGGCAAAGAUGUCGGUAACAUUGGCAAAUAUGACGUGAGGGUCAGGAGUCCAGAGAAGAUGCUGAGAGGGGGCAAAGCCAGGUUCCUAGCAGAGGAGGCCAGACUGGAGUCCUUCCAGAACUGGCCAUUUUAUGCCCACGGGACAUCCCCACGUGCACUGUCAGCGGCUGGCUUUGUCUUUACAGGUAAAAGGGACACUGUGCAGUGUUUCUCCUGUGGUGGAUGCCUAGGGAAUUGGGAAGAAGGAGAUGAUCCUUGGAAGGAGCAUGCCAAGUGGUUCCCCAAAUGUGAAUAUCUUCAAAGUAAGAAAUCCUCAGAAGAAAUUGCACAGUAUAUUCAAAGCUAUGAGGGAUUUGUUCAUGUGACGGGAGAACAUUUUGUGAAUUCCUGGGUCAAAAGAGAAUUACCUAUGGCAUCAGGCAAAAAGGACACUGUCCAGUGUUUUUCCUGUGGAGGAUGUGUGGAGAACUGGAAGGAAGGUGACAACUCAUUAGAAGAUCACACCAGGUUUUCUCCCAACUGUGUAUUUCUCCAAAAUAUGAAGUCCUCUGCAGAAGAGAUUCCAGACCUUGGGAGCCACAGGGAACUUCCUGAAGCCAUGGAAACCACAAGUGAAAGCAAUCACCAGGAUACAGUAGCCGUUCAUUCUACGAAGGCAGAGGCGGCUCAGAGUGAAGCCCCUUGGUUUCAAGAGGCCAAGAGUCUGAGUGAGCAACUGCGAGCAGCCUACAUCUCUGCCAGUUUCCGACGCUUGUCUUUACCUGACAUCUGCCCCAGCCUACGCACUGACCACUUGCUGGGCUGUGACCUGUCCAUUGUUUCAAAGCACAUCAGCAGGCCUGUGCAAGAGGUCCUGGUGCUGCCCGAGAUCCUUGCCAACUUGAACUCUGUCAUGUGUGUGGAGGGGGAAGCUGGCAGUGGAAAGACAGCCUUCCUGAAGAAAAUUGCUUUUCUCUGGGCAUCAGGAUGCUGCCCCCUGUUGAACAGGUUCCAGCUGGUCUUCUACCUCUCCCUUACUUCUACCAGACCAGACCAGAGCCUGGCCAACAUCAUCUGUGACCAACUCCUCAAGGCAGAAGGCUCUGUUUCUGAAGUGUGCCUGAGCAGCAGCAUCCAGCAGUUAAAGCAUCAGGUGUUAUUCCUUUUGGACGACUUUCAUGAAAUGAGCUCAGUCCCCCAAGUCAUAGAAAAACUGAUUGAAAGGAACUACUUGUCACGAAACUGCUUGUUGAUUGCUGUCCAUACAAACAGGGUCAGGGAUAUCCGCCCAUACCUAGAUACCAUCCUAGAGAUCAAAGAGUUUCCCUUCUAUAACACUGUGUAUGUAUUACGGAGUUUCUUCUCACAUAAUAUAACACAUCUGCAAGAGUUCAUGGUUUAUUUUGGAAAGAACAAAGGUUUACAAGGAAUCCACAGAACUCCCCUCUUUGUGGCAGCAGUCUGUGCUCACUGGCUUCAAAAUCCUUCUGACCCACCCCUUGAUGAUGUGGCUCUUUUCAAAUCCUACAUGGAAUGUCUUUCCUUAAAGCACAAAACUAGAGCUGAGCUUCUCAAAGCCACUGUGUCCUCCGGUGGUCAACUGGCCUUGAGAGGGCUUUUUUCAUCUUGCUUUGAGUUUAUUAGUGAUGACCUCAGAGAAGCAGGAGUUGAUGAUGAUGAGGAUCUGACCACCUGCUUGAUAAGCAAAUUCACUGCCCAGAGACUGAGACCAGUCUACCGGUUUUUAAGUCCUGAGUUCCAAGAAUUUCUUGCUGGGAUGAGGCUGAUUGAACUCCUGGGUUCAGAUAGGCAGGAAGACCAAAAUCUGGGACUUUGUUAUUUGAAAGAAAUUAACUCACCCAUGAAGGUUAUAAAUUUCUUCAACAAUUUUUUGAAGUAUGUCUCCAGCCACCCUUCUGCAAAGGCAGGGCCAAAAAUUGUAUCUCAUUUGCUUCAGCUGGCAAAUGACAAAGAGUCAUUUAAGAAUAUACCUGAAAAUGAGGAUUAUCAGAAACCUAAUCCAGAAACUUCACCAUGGAUGCAGCUCAUACAAGAGUGGUGGCAGGUUUCUCCGGAAGCUUUCUCUUCAUUCAUUUCAGAAACUUUAGUGGCCAUUGCUCUAAACUUUGCCUGUCAAAGCAACACAGUUGCUGCAUGUUCUCCAGUUAUUUUACGGUUCCUUCAAGGGAGAACACUGACUUUGAGAUUAUUGAAUUUACAGUACUUUGGGGACCACCCAGAAAGCCUGUCAGUGCUGAGGAGUAUCAAGAUCUCCAUAAAUGGAAAUAAAACUGCACCUAGAGUAAGUUAUUCAGAUAUGGAGAAAUGCUUUGAAACCCUACAGCCACCAACUAUAGAUCAGGACUAUGCAUCUGCUUUUGAACAUAUGAAUGAAUGGGAGGAAAAUGUUGCUAAAAAUGAAGAGAAUAUAAAGAACUUUAAGAAUAUCCAGUGCAAGCCCCCACCAUGCCUCAGUGGGGGCUAUUGGCAACUGUCUCCCAAGCAGUACAAGAUCCCCUGCCUAGAAGUGCACGUGGACAACAUGGGUCCAGCAGACCAGGAGAUGCUCCGGGUCCUAAUGGAAGUUUUCUCAGCUUCACAGCACAUUGAACUCCAUUUAUACCACAGCACUGGCUUCAUUGAAAGCAUCCGCCCAGCUCUGGAGCUGAAUAAGGCUUCUGUCACCAAGUGCUCCCUGUGCCAACUUGAGCUCAGUGCAGCAGAACAGGAGCUGCUCCUCACCCUGCCUGCCCUGCGGUCUCUAGAGGUCUCAAGGACAAACCAAUUACAAGAUCUCAUCCUUCCUAACUUGGACAAGUUCCCGUGCCUGAAAGAACUGUCUGUGACACUACAUGGCAAAGCAGACGUGCUGUCAGUCAUUCCUGAAGAGUUCCCAAACCUCCACCACAUGGAGAAAUUAUCCAUCCAAACUUCCACUGAGUCUGAUCCCUCCAAACUAGUCAAAUUGAUCCAGAAUUCUCCAAACCUUCAAGUUUUCUAUCUGAAAUGUGAUUCCUUUUUGGAUUUUGAGUCUCUCAUGACUGUACUUGCUUCCUGCAAGAAACUCAAAGAGAUUGGGUUUUCUCAAGGAUGUUUUCAAGCCGUGCCAUUUGUCAGCAUUUUGCCAAAUUUUAUUUCUCUGAAGAUACUAAAUCUUAAAAGCCAACAAUUUCCUGAUAAAGAAACAUCAGAAAAUUUUGCACACACUCUAGGUUCUCUCAGGAACCUGGAGGAGAUGCUCCUUCCCCAUGGGGACGGGAUUCAUCACGUGGCCAAGCUGAUUGCCAGGCAGUGUCUACAGCUGCAGAGUCUCCGAGUUCUCUCCUUUCACUACAGUUUGGAUGAUGACAGUGUGAUGGAAAUCGCCAAGGUGGCAAUCAGUGGAGGCUUCCAGAAACUUGAGAACUUAGAUCUUUCACUGUGUCACAAGAUCACAGAGGAAGGGUACAGAAAUUUCCUUCAAGCCCUAGACAACCUGUCAAACUUGCAAGAGCUGAACAUUUCCAGGCAUCUCCCAGAAUGUAUGAAAGUUCAGGCCGCCACUGUCAAGGCCCUGAGUCAGUGUGUGUUGCGACUGCCAAGGCUCAAUAGUCUGAAAAUGUUAAGUUGGCUCCUGGAUGAAGAGGACAUGAAGCUUCUUAAUGCUGUGAAAGAAAGACAUCCUCAGUCUAAACGCUUCAUUAUUUUCUGGAAAUGGGUCCUGCCAUUCUCUCCAGUCAUUCAGAAAUAAAAGGUGCCGCUGAGGACUACCGGACCAAGAAAUUUUGUCAGCAGUUCUGAAACCUUGAUCUUUUCUUAAAUCUUUGUUGUUGUUGUUGUUGUUGUUGUUGUUGUUGUUGUUGUUGUGUUGUUGUUGUUUUUCUCCGGUCUCCCAAGUCCCAGUCCACUUAGAAGUUAGUAUGUGGCCCAGGCUAGCCUCAAUCUUACAGAGAUCCACCUGCCUCUGCUUCCCAAGGGCUGGGAUUAAAGCACGCACCACCACUCCAGCAUCUAAAACCUUAAUCUUGAAAAACAUUUUACUCCUGCCAAGCAUGAUGGCACACACCUUUCAUCCCAACGUUUAGGAGAUGGAUGCAGGAGAUCAACAGGUUGAGACUAGUUUGGGUUACAAGAUAUUGCAUCAAAAACUAAAAUUUAACUAUUGUACAAAGAGAAUGUUCAUAAACUCUGUGAGGCUCAUAAUUUUUAAGAAGCUUGCAUGCCCAUCAUUGAGCUUAAGAGCUAUCAUGAGCAGUACCUUCAUAGUCCUUGUGUGGGCCUUCUGUCAUCAGGUUCAUACAGCGAACCCUCCAUUAUCAAGGUCAUCAGGGAGAGGCUUGGAAAAGGAAUAGGGGCCUAUGUAAAAGCCAUAUCAUGGAAGGAAUGUUCAAAUUUAGGUAAAGAUUUAAGGUUUUGUUUGGCUCCACACAUGAGGAAACACGAGUUGGCUUUACCAUAAGAUGCAGAUGUCUCUCUUUUCGGGGGCAUACUCUUUAGUCUUUGUAGGUCGUUUUUGUAUAUUGCACUUUCCUCGAUCUGAGAGAGCUUGCUUGUAGCAUCUCUUUUUCCAUUGCCAGUAUGAGCAACAAAUUAAGUUCAUAGAAAAUGGCUUCUGUUUCAGAGCCUUCUAAGAGUUUCACAUGUGCUAUAAUGGACUUACAAUUUUCUUAAAAUCCACUCUUACAUGUAUAUGGUGUAAUCCCAUAAGUUUUUAAAAACAUUGUUUCUGGAUGCAUUAAGUAUUUCAGGGUAUGUUAAUUAAUUUAAGAUGAUCAUUUACCACUUCAUUGUGUGUAU